AUGCCCUGGCACGGCCCGCUAGCGCUCAGCCUGCUCUGCCUGGCCUGUUGCCUGCUGCUGCCGGGCCGGGGCUGUGGGCCGGGCCGGGGCCCGCCGGGGCGCCGGCGACAGGCCCGGAGGCACCUGGUGCCGUUGCACUACAAGCAGUUCGUGCCCAACGCGCCCGAGCAGACGCUGGCUGCGAGCGGGCGGGCCGAGGGCCGGCUGGGGCGCCGCGCCGAGCGGUUCCGGGACCUGGUGCCCAACUACAACCCCGACAUCAUCUUCAAGGACGAGGAGAACACGGGGGCCGACCGGCUCAUGAGCCAGCGCUGCAAGGACCGUGUGAACGCGCUGGCCAUCGCCGUGAUGAACAUGUGGCCCGGCGUGAAGCUGCGGGUGACGGAAGGCUGGGACGAAGAUGGGCAUCACCUGCCCGACUCGCUGCACUAUGAGGGGCGGGCGCUGGACAUUACCACGUCUGACCGGGACAGGGAGAAGUACGGCAUGCUGGCGCGCCUGGCCGUGGAGGCCGGCUUCGACUGGGUCUACUACGAGUCCAAGGCCCACAUCCACGUGUCGGUGAAAGCAGAUAACUCCCUGGCCAGCCGGGCCGGCGGCUGCUUCCCGGGCCACGCCACGGUGACGCUGCGGAGCGGCCAGCGGAAGGGGCUGUGGGAGCUGCGCCGUGGUGACUGGGUGCUGGCCGUGGACCGGAGCGGCCAGGUGGUCCCCACCGAGGUGCUGCUUUUCCUGGACCGCGACCUGCGCCGGCGUGUGUCCUUCGUGGCCAUCGAGACGGAGAGCCCCGCCCACCGGCUGCUGCUCACGCCCUCCCAUCUGGUGUUCGCUGCCCCGGCCCCGGCCAACAGCACCGCCAGCUUCGUGCCCGUCUUCGCCCGGCGGGUGCGGGCGGGCGACUCGGUGCUGGCCCACCACGCUGGCGGACACGGGCUGCAGCCAGCCCGGGUGCUGCGGGUGUCGCGGGAGGAGGGCGUGGGGGUGUUCGCCCCACUGACAUCACAUGGGACCCUCCUGGUCAACGGGGUGCUAGCCUCCUGCUACGCCGUCCUGGAGAGCCACCACUGGGCCCACCGCGCCUUUGCCCCCCUCCGGCUCUUCCACGGCCUCCUCUCACUGCUGCCCCCCAGCGGCGAGGCCAGGAACUGCAGUGCGCCGGAGAUGGGCAUGCACUGGUACUCGCGGCUGCUCUACCAGCUGGCGUGGGGGCUGCUGGGCCAGGACUCCCUCCACGCCUAG